ACCUACCAGUGAAAUCGGCACAAGUGGUGUGAUGGCGAUGAGCAAGGGAGCUCUGCUUUUUGGUCUCUUUCAUUUGCUAGCUGCUCUCUCCAUAGCCCACCUAUACAGGACUAGUAUUGGAAGCUUUGACGGAGAAUGUAAGGCCAACACAACCUGUACCUCUCCAACGAUUAAACUCAUAGACUUGUUCUCCCCUUCCCUGCUACAACUGGAGCUAUCCAGCUCUCUCCGCUGGAUUGCAAUAGCUGGAGCCCUCGUUUACACCUCAUGGAUCCUCUACAAGCUCUACCAAGCUCUCGUCGGAACUCCAGACAUUGUCUUCAAGCCGGCGGAAAGAGACAUAGGUUACCUCCAAACUCCCGGAAAGACAAAGAAAGAGAUUGCUAACAUGGUCCGGAGGAAGAGAGUAGUCGGUGACAUUCCUCCUCCUUAUCCUAACGGCUGGUACGAGGUGAUGCGCUCCUCUGAACUCUCUCCGGGCUGCAGCAAGGCAAUAAGCAUGAACGGGUUGCACCUUGCAGUCUUUCGGAGCUCUGACGACAAGAAGCAAGUAUUUGUGACGGACGCUUAUUGCCCUCAUCUUGGAGCUAAUCUAGGUGUAGGCGGCCGUGUGUAUGGAAACUGCAUCGAGUGCCCGUUUCACGGCUGGCAGUUUGACGGUGAGACGGGCCAGUGUACCAGCGUACCGUACGCAGCAAAAGUUCCGAAUUUUGUAAAAAUAAAAGUGUGGCCGUCUAAAGAAGUGAACGGUCUUAUUUUAGUUUGGUAUGAUGCGGAGGGCCGUGACCCAUAUUUUAUGAUACCAGAGUUACAAGAGAUAAAGAAAGGACAAUGGAAGUACCGUGGUCGCUCGGUCCAUUACAUUAACUGUCACUUGGAGGACAUUUCAGAGAAUGGUGCCGAUGUUUCUCAUCUUAAAGCAAUUCAUGAGACUGGCGUUCAAGCUGGCUGCCAUACUGAAUUUAGGAAAUCAACAUGGCUUGGACGCAUCAUAACACACGAAUGGGAGGUUAAUUGGGAGGCUUGUCCUCCUCCAAGGACUCAUGUUGGUCACAUGGAGCUCAAACUCAUCAAUAAACUCUUUGGAAGAUGGAGGAUAAAGCCAUUAGAUUUCCAUGUAUCAGUCGAUCAGGUUGGUCCUGGUGUUGUUCUCCUCUAUUUUAAGCAUUUCAUUGGAAAAGGGAUAUUCAUACAGACCACUGUACCAGAGGAGCCAUUACUGCAAAGAUUUACGCACUACAUAUACUGUGAUUGGUGGAUACCAACUUUUAUUGCAACAUGGUUCUUGCUGAAAGGAGAUGCAACUCAAAUAGAGCGUGAUGCCUUGGUUUGGGUUAAUAAGCGAUAUGUAGGCACUCCAUCAUUGGUGAAGGAGGACCACUUGAUAUUGGCCCAUCGUCGCUGGUUUCAGCAAUUCUAUACUGAGAAUAGCGUCAAAAUGAGCUUCAAGAAUGAUUCUGAUUUGUCCUGGUAGCAAAAUAAUAAUUAACAUUAUUUCACAUCUUUCAAUUCAUCGCCAUUUAAUCUUGAAUUUGUAGUGUUCACACAAUUAGGAACUCUUUUAUUUUUUCUUCAAUUAAUUUUGUAAAGAUUCAUACAAUUAACAGUUGAUUAGUUUUUUUGCUUCUUUUAUAAUAAAAAAUAGUUUUCUCUAUCUUUUUGGCUGACACUGAAGC